GACGCGGGCGGAGCGGGCUGAGGGCCGCGCUCCUUCCGGACAUGGUGGCCCCCGGCUCGGUGCGCAGCCGGCUGGGCGCGGUGUUCCCGUUCCUGCUGGUCCUGGUGGACCUGCAGUACGAAGGUGCUGAAUGUGGAGUAAAUGCAGAUGUGGAGAAACAUCUUGAAUUGGGGAAGAAAUUACUUGCAGCUGGACAGCUAGCUGAUGCAUUGUCUCAGUUUCAUGCUGCAGUAGAUGGUGACCCUGAUAACUAUAUUGCAUACUAUCGGAGAGCCACUGUCUUCUUAGCGAUGGGAAAAUCCAAAGCAGCACUGCCUGACUUAACUAAGGUGAUUGAAUUGAAGAUGGAUUUCACUGCUGCAAGAUUACAGAGAGGCCACCUACUACUCAAACAAGGGAAACUCGAUGACGCUGAAGAGGAUUUCAAGAAAGUGCUCAAGUCCAAUCCAAGUGAAAACGAAGAGAAGGAAGCCCAGUCUCAGCUUGUCAAGUCGGAUGAGAUGCAGCGCUUGCGCUCACAAGCCCUGGGUGCCUUCGAGAGUGCCGAGUAUAGCGCUGCUAUAACCUUCCUGGAUAAGAUUUUGGAGGUUUGUGUUUGGGAUGCAGAGCUGCGUGAGCUUCGAGCUGACUGUUUCAUUAAGGAAGGGGAGCCCAGGAAAGCCAUCAGUGACUUAAAGGCUGCCUCGAAACUGAGGAGCGACAACACAGAGGCCUUUUACAGGAUCAGCACCCUGUACUAUCACCUAGGAGACCACGAGUUAUCCCUCAGCGAAGUGCGUGAAUGUCUGAAACUUGACCAGGAUCACAAAAGGUGUUUUGCACACUAUAAGCAAGUGAAGAAACUGAAUAAGCUGAUCCAGUCAGCUGAAGAGCUUAUCAGAGAUGGCAGAUACACAGAUGCAACCAGCAAGUACGAAUCUGUCAUGAAAACAGAGCCCAGCGUUGCUGAGUAUACUGUCCGCUCCAAAGAGAGGAUUUGUCACUGUUUCUCUAAGGAUGAGAAGCCUGUUGAAGCCAUUAGAAUAUGUUCUGAAGUUUUACAGAUGGAACCUGACAAUGUGAAUGCUCUCAAAGACCGAGCAGAGGCCUAUUUAAUAGAGGAAAUGUAUGACGAAGCCAUUCAGGAUUAUGAAGCUGCUCAGGAACACAACGAAAAUGAUCAACAGAUUCGGGAAGGGUUAGAGAAAGCCCAGCGGCUACUGAAACAGUCACAGAAACGAGAUUAUUAUAAAAUCUUGGGAGUAAAAAGAAAUGCCAAAAAACAAGAAAUCAUUAAAGCAUACCGAAAACUAGCACUUCAGUGGCAUCCUGAUAAUUUCCAGAAUGAAGAAGAAAAGAAGAAGGCAGAGAAAAAGUUCAUUGACAUCGCAGCUGCUAAGGAAGUCCUCUCAGACCCAGAAAUGAGAAAGAAGUUUGAUGAUGGAGAAGACCCUCUCGAUGCCGAGAGUCAGCAAGGAGGUGGUGGCAACCCCUUCCACAGAAGUUGGAACUCAUGGCAAGGGUUCAAUCCCUUCAGCUCAGGCGGACCGUUUAGAUUUAAGUUCCACUUCAAUUAAAGCAGCCCUUUUACCGCUACUCUCCUUUAUUAUUUUUAACAUUAAAACAAAAACUGUUUGGAAUUCUAAUGUAAACAAAACGAAGCAAAACUUUCAGUUUGUCCAUGACCAAAGAGUUGUUUUAAGGAAAAAAGCUGUUCUUGUAGACUUCAUGGGCCUGCCAAGUGGGACAAAGUCACCUGAACGCAUCUUGUGACACCUGGGGGUGUGGUCUGGGGCCUUUACCCUGUGGGGUGUUCAAAUAGCAUUAAUAUAUACAUAUGUUCUACACAGCCUGGCGUAGCGACUGUGAGGAGGGCGGGGCUGGAACCCAGGAGCAUGGAUUGUGUCUCUCUGUUCCUAAGAGAAUGUGUGAACAGUAUUUUCUUAGGGAUAACUGUGUGUAGUCCAGUCACUUGCAAGUGCUUUCGUCUGUCCCUGUGUCCUCAUGGCGUGGCUGCUGGAAGGGUGGACGCCGUCUCUAGGAAACGCACCGUCGUGUGGUAAGUGCUGUGUCCAGGGGUAGACUGUGUUGAAAUUGAGCAUAUAUUUUUGUUUUGUGUCUACAGAAUACCAGUUUCACUUGGAUUUAAUUGUAAAAACUUAGAGAUCCUCCUUCAAGUGUUAAACAGAACAAAUUCCAAUACAUGAGAGGCUCAGUGGUGUUUCAGACAGUACUGUGGCAGCUCAGUUUGCAAUGACCUUUAGACAAGGGAAGCUCCGAGUAGUUUGAUGGAAAGAUCUGUCACAGAGAUUGGCUUAGCAAACAGUGUUGAGAUUCCCACCUGAGCUUAGGCAGAUGUGCAGAUCAGCCCAUUUGUCAGUGUACUUGCUAACAUUUCACUGGGUAAGAUGCAUCUCCAACUUCCUCCCGGAGACCACACUGGCUUUUUAAGCAGGUUCCACUUUAAGAAAUAUACUGUUCAGGGUUUGUAUACUGGAUAAUUUUUUCCCUAAAGAUCUGUUGCUAAAUCAAGAACAAAGAUUUAUGAACUACUGAUGCUGCAUUGAAAAUCUAAAGAAUUACUUUGGUAAGAAUUAUUGCCUUUAUUCUAGGAAGUUUUUUCUUUCUUUCUUGAAACAUUGUGAAAUAUUUAAAAUAUAAAGGUCUAAUAUAUUGCUUUUAUGAAAUUAAGCUUUUUAACUGUGGGAGGUAUGAAUGUAGCAUCCAAGCACAACUCAUUUCUUAGCCUAUAGUCAUACCCUUGAGCAUCCAUAGGAAAAAUUUUGAAUGGAAGAACAUAAAUCACAUAGUAGAGUUGGGCAAAACGUUCCUCACCAAUAAACAAUGCAUUUCAGAAUACCUUUCAGCUUUGACUUUGCUUCAGUGUCCCAAAUUCAAGUCAGGCCAUGUGUGGUAACAUGCACCUUUUAACCUAGCACUAGAGGCAAGAAGCAGACCAGUCUGGUUUAGAGUGAGUUCCAUGCCCCCACCAAACAAACAAACUCAAGCCAGUGUGACACGCUUUUGUGUGCUUUUCAAAUCUUAGUAAAUUACGUUAACUACUUACAUUACAGUUGUUUUUCGGUCUGACUCCUUUUUUGGAUGAUGUCACUGACAGUUCUGAACUGGAGUGGGCAUCUGUGUGCUUUCCAAAGUGCAUGUUUGCACCAAGGAAGCAUUGGGUAGCUUACUCUCCCACUUAGAGCAGAUGCAAAGUUUCAGGUAGAGUGGAGCCAUGGUUGAAGGUUGGGCUGCAUGGAUUUGUGUCCAGGAUCUACUGCCUCCUCAUGUGCUUCCCAGAGAGGUUAAGUUUGGUGGGUUUUUGUUUUGUUUUGUCGUUGUUUCUCCUACUUGUAACUACGCAAAGUAACUGAGGGUUAGCCUUGCCCCCUGCAAACUUCAAUGCCAAAGGCUCAUGCCAUGAAGGGAGAUGAAGACAGAUCUCUGUGCUGAGGAGUCGAUCAGGAUGGCUGUCAGUUCCAUGGAUGCUGUUGGCUGGUGUCCAGCUUAGGGCAGAGGAGUAAUGGCAGAGUGUCCCUUCACCGGCCUGACAUUGUGCACCGUGCUGUGUAAAGCCAAUUACUGAAGGGACAUUCUCCACUUUCCUUCCUGUGUUUAGGAACUGCAGAUGAAGCUCUCCUUAGCUGAACUCAGUUUCUAGCCUUCCCUCCUCUGUGGUGACCUUCCUAAGUCGAGCGUUCAGUGCUCAUAUCUGUAGGAAGGAGGAAAAAUCAGAUGCUACCAGAAGGGCAACUUACUCCUCAGUCCUGCAGGGUUACUGAAUAGAAGAAAACCUGGAAAAAAAAAUCUCAGUAGUUUAAUAAUGUGAAUUGGAUGUAACAGCUUAAUUUAAAAAUACUCUCAGAUUAGGAAUGCAAUUGACUGCCUUUUUGUUUUUUGGUUUUUCGAGACAGGGUGUCUCUGUAGCUUUGGAGCCUGCUCUGGGACUUGCUCUGUAGACCAGGUUGUCCUUAAACUGAUCCGCCUGCCUCUGCCUCUGCCUCCUGAGUGCUGGGAUUAAAGGCGUGCGCCACCACUGCCUGGCUGGAAUUGACUUUUUAAUGUGAGUAGGAUGGUGGCUUAUGACUGUAGUCUCAGAAUGUGGGGGUCACCCUGACUUUGAAGCCCUGCUUUAAAAGUACCAAACUAGGACUCAUUGGUAAAUACAUAGAAACAUGUCAGUAACAUUCACAUGUAAGGCUUGGAUUUGGCCAGAAGUCACUUACCAUGAAGAAAGAAGCUAAGAUGCACUGGUCACUCCUCAGGCCAUUGUGGGCACCCACCUGCCUCGUAGGCACUGGCGAUGACCUUUGUAGUGUUUUUAGAACGUGCACAUCACAGGGUGAGGUGAGGUCGAGGCAGUUUUCUUGAGUGUAUCUGACAUUCCUGGAGUGGUCACGGAAGAAGGCAAGUGAUGAUUUCUAAGAGCUGAUCUUGUCUUCCACCAGACCACACCAUUCCUUCUGUCAUUCAGGUGAUGAUGUUAGGAGGGGGGAGAUAGCGUUUUUAAACACAUGCUCUCAUUUGCUGAAUGAUUUAAGAGUAAAAUUAGCCACUGCGUGGCCUUGUGUACAGUAACAACAGGUUUACUGCACUUGUCUAUGGAUGAAAUGUUUACCUGUGCAAAGGAAUCCAGGGCACAGGGAAAGAAAAAUUAGAGAUGUUGAUAAGUUAAUUUCUCUUAAAUUUUGUUUUAAAUGGGACAAACCUAACAAUCCAUCUCAAUUUAGUGUUUGAUUAAAAAAAAAGGAAUUAAAAUUAUUUCAGCUGGGGCUCAUACAUGUCUAUGAAUAUGGGCACUAUUUUUAUGACCGUGUAUUUUCACAUUUAAUAAAAACAUUUAUGGUCAUAUCCACUAC